CCCAUUCUAAUUGAUAUGCAAAUUAGAAUUGUAGCAGGAAAAAUAUACAAUUUGUAAAAUAGAUAUGUGCGUGUGUUAUGAUUUUAUAAUGGUUGACAGAGUAGACGCUGACAAAAGUUAUGAAACAAUUGGCUAGAGAGUAAACUCUUCAGUCUUCAAUUGUAGUGUUUAUCCUCGAACUCGGAACCAUCUGGAAAACACGAAAAUGGAAGCAGCAAAGUGCUUAGGGUUUCUGGUCUUUCUUGGCAGUGUAAUGUGCAUUACUGGCUUCAGUUGGGCCCACUGUAAAGGGCACUCCCAUCAAAAAGGCUUAACUUUCAAACGCUUCAAGAUGACGCCCGAUCCUAUAAUCCUACCGGGCACAAUCCAUUUGCAGUUUGAUAUUGAAGUUACUAGAGAUAUCACGCCUCCACUCUCCUUAGAAGUAAAACUCUGGAAAAUGGUAAAAUUGUUCUGGUUUACCAAGAAAACACGAAUCUAUGGAUGCUGUUCUUAUGAGAAAAUCUGCCAUGCACUGGGUACCGGGCACAAGUCGUUCAGUUGCCCUAAUGAUUUCCUCACAAAUUGCAUAGACUGUACCUGCCCACCUGCCCCAGGGUUGUACAACACUAGCAAGAGCUCUGUUGCCAUAGAGAUUGAUGACAUUCCGUCUUAUGCGCACAUAUUUGCUUCUGGAAAGUUCGAAGCUCAAUUUGUCUUGAAAGACGGGAACGGUCAGGUUGUAGAGUGUCUGGAUAUGAAGUUGGCUAUCAAAUUGAGUGGACGCAAACGACGAGCCCUUCCAUCGAAGGGAACUGAUCAUGCGCAGCAAACAUUGAACACCAUGCCCAAGUAUUGUUAUCCACCAGAAGUCAAAGAAUUCACCACGACAGGCCUACCAGUCACUGACGAAUUAAAAUCGCUCACAACUAUUCAGAUGCUACCGACUUUCGAAGAAGAUCAUGAGUAAUUGCAUUCGAUUGAUGAAUUUGGAUCUAAUAUUUGGUUCAUAAGUGUAAAAUUAGAAUUAUACUUAAUGUUCACUUACUUGACUAACAGCAGCAUCAUCAGAAGUGAUGUAUAAUACCUGGAGGUAAAUAUCGCCACACCAUUACGCACUAUUGAACUAUUUUUAAUUAGUUUUUAGAGAGAAAGCCAACGAAUUUAGAUCAUGAAAAGCCAAAAAGAGGGAGAAUUACAUAACACGACGUAUAACAUAGCAUUAACCAUUUGUGUGUAAAGUAAUUAUCAAUAUUUCCUGAAUGCUGGCCGAAAUAGUAGGGAAUACAAUAGAACUCCGUUAUUACAUCCCUAUCAAGCGGACCCCCUCUCUAUUAUGGGGACACUUGUUGGCUGCAUAGAAAGUACAUCUUUUAACACACCUGCCACACCAAACGGGAACACCCCUAUUUUAUUGAAAGUUCCCAGACUUUGAUUAUGGCAAUUACAAUGUACCCUCCAAUUCGAUACUCCACUAAUUCCAAGACCCCUCUAAUUCGAGACCACCAAGUACCAGACACAGAUGUUAACCUUCGUAGGGACCAAACUCGAGACCACCCCAAAGUUUUAGGUCCCAAACUAGGUGGUCUGGAAUUGGAAGGCGAAUUGUAAAUAUAGGAAUUUUGUUUUUCUUUCGUGUUUUUCAUCCACCUUUAUUCAUUAAAAUAUUGUUUUCAAUAUUUUUCAUUUUAUCAUCAAGAAUACAAUAUUUCAAUACCGUCCUUACGGACGUGUUAUCAUCGUUUACAGUAUACAACAAAUUUACAAAUUUGUAAUAGCCUAUUAUCAAGAAUAAGAACUAUGACAUGACAAAUAUGACUAUCAUUGUUGGGAUUUUCUUAGUGCAUGAUAUCAUUAGAUUUUUCUUUUCGUAUAUUAAAAGUUUUCUGUCGUUAUGUAGACGUGUUCAAUUCAUUGUUUUUAAUUUUCCGUCAUCAGACCCGUCAACGCCUUUUUUGACACAAUAAUACAAGAUGUAUGAUUUACAUUUAAUUUCUGUGUAAUUCGUUUCUGAACAACGGCAUCAAUGUUUUUUUUUUAUUCCAGUAAUUCUAAAAUAUUUGCCUUAUAAAUAUACUAGGACCUAGGUAUGCAACUUGCUACUAUAUAUAUUGUCUAUUGCAAAUAAAAUUUUAAAAAAUAA